GCCGCCAUAAACACCUAGAUCACUUUCUCUUUUGAUUCCUUCCAAAAAGUCAUGUAAUUUACCGAAUUAUUUGAGAAUUGUAAUCACGGGGCUGGACCUUUGUGUGUGAUCUAAACGAUACUACAUGAUCCAGAGCUGGUCUUUUGGAAAGUUGUUUAGAUAAGGAAUUUACAACAUAAUAUCAAUUUUUUUUAUCAAAGUUCUUUUCACAAAAUGGGUAUCCAAAAUUUCAAUACAAUUUUUAACAACAUUGACACAGCCUGUAAAGGCUUUAUCACCAUAGAGCAACUUCAUGCUUACUAUGACAACAUGGCUUAUGAAGUCAUCACUUUUGACCAAGUUGAGGCAUCGGUUCUUCAUGUCUGCGGUUACCAGGCAGGAGGACGUGUCUCUAGAGAAUCUUUUCUGGCUGUCUUGGAAGAGGUUUCCAGAAGGCAAUCUGUGGAACAGCAAUCCUACUGGGAUUUCCAGGCGUUUGAUUAUGGAGGCUCCAAUAGAAUCUCCCUUCCUGACACUCUGCUGCUUUUCAGGGAGUUCCAUGGUGAAAGAUUUUCUAUGAAAACUUGGUAUGAUUUUAUAGAAUCUCGUGAGGAACCCCCUGGAGCUAAUGUAUAUUUUGAUGAGAUUCGGAUGUGGCUCUGUUGUUAUCCAUCUGGAGAUCCAGCAUCAGAGGAAACGAUCACGAAGGAGGAGGAGAGAUUGUAUCGACAACAGGAACAACAUGAACUGGACAACAUGGAAUCUGUCAAGAAGAUGAUGAACAACACAGAAGACAUGAAAAACUAUGGGGAUUCUGUCAAUUACAAUGUUAAACGCAAGCUUAACAAGUGGAAGAGGAAUGGACUGGAGGCCAUGUUGAAUGAUGAUGGCUUGGAGGCAGAUGAUACAGUGGAAGAGAGACAUCCCAAAGAUCAUGUGACUAGGAACGACCUGAUCGAGGCAUUGGAGGUCAAAUAUGAGAUGCUGAGAGAGAAACUUUUGUAUGACAUGGCUUCUCUAUCUUCAGCCAUUGAUGGAGACCAACCAGAAAUAUUUCAACAGCUGUGUUCUCAGGAACGACAACUCCGCAGGGAAGGCCAUUUUGAAGAACAGGUGUACACACUACCUGGGUCCAAGGUCACUCUGAAUGCUACUCUGACAGGUUUGAUGGGAGAGGUCAGAAUGGAAAACGAUAAACAGAAGAUGAAAAUGAAUGAAAUGAGAAAAGAUUUGAAAGGUCAAGGUCUGUCAGAUCAAGAUAUUGAUUCGGCCAUUCAGGCAGAGUACCAGAAGGUCAUUCAAGGAGACACAACAUGUGGAGCCGUACUAGUUGAUUUGAAGAAACGGUAUACUGAGGAGAAGGAUGGCCUUUUCACCUGGCUGAGGUCUACUGCCAAUUCCUCUGUAACCAUGGAGUACAAUCGGUUGUUACGGCAACAGUUAUUGCUGGGAGAAGAGGGGAAGUUUGUUGGAGCAUCUAUAGCCGUGGGUUUGGCAGAACGCCCACAACAGUACAAAACAAGCAGUAAUUCCGACUGGGACCGCAGCAGGGCUGAGAGGUUAGCCCAGUUACGCCUGCUAGCAAAGAAAGGACAUAAGCAGCUGAGAAGUGGGGGAGACUUGUUGGAUUUUGACCAGGCUGAAUCUAGUGGGGCCAUUGGCACUCAAAGGGAGAUAAUCACAGAAAUCGUCAAGAAACACUCCUAUGAAAGAGAGGCGCUGAUCAACAUGCUACAGGGGCGUGACAGUGCUGUAUACAAAACUAAUGCUAAACGUCUGGGUGUGGACCAGAGGACCAAGCGCCUGAAGACUCUCCGUAACCAACACAAGAGCUGGCAGGACAACAAAGAUAGUGAUGUAGCCGUGCUGGAGAAAAUUCUCCAGGAAGCUGUUGGAUUGUGCUAUGAAAAUCGACUUGAAGAAAUGCGUCAACAAAACAACAAACUUUCCGAGGCAGAUGUCAAUGAGUGUAUUCUGGGAGAUCUGGAACAACAACAGGAAGUGGAAGUAGAAAUGAAACUCUCAGAUAUGCAGGCAAAAGCUGAUACACCAGAAGCUUUGCUGGCUAUCUUGAUUAGGGAAAACAAGGCUCGAGUCCAUCAACAUUUUGAUAAUGUAGCCUUUGUGAUACUUGGUAAAGUCGAGGUACGAGAGGAUGACAAGGAUUACUUGUCAGCCCUGGAGAAAAAAUACAACGCAGUACGUGAAAAGGUGUUCAACAUGGCACUUCGAGACCAGUUCGGCAGUGAAUGGAAAAGACUUGCUGAGGACAAAAAGAAAGAAGAAUUAAAAAAAAAGAAGAGAGAGGAGAAAAAAUUGCGAGGAGAAGGAUUGUUUGAGGAAAUGGAAACACUCAUUGGCCCAAAAAGCAAGACGCUACCUUCACUAAGGAAAAUGGUUGGUGAAGAUAAAUCUCAAUUUGAAGCAAGGUUUGCCAGACAGAAAACAACAGGUCAAAUUGAAGACGAAGUUCCUGCAGGGCGUGUUAUCCCUACCAACCAUCUCGCUGAUUUGAUCCCACGAUACGAUGGUGAGGAAGAAGCUCUGUUGUCAUGGUUACAUGCGGAUGAAACCAGUAAAAUUCCGAAGAAGAUCCAGAGAUUAAGGAUCCUUAGAAUGAGACUUGAAGAGUUUCUGGUUAAGAUGGAGAAUAAGUUUGAAGUGGCAGCACUCUUCCUUGGACUGUUUGAGAGGAUAGAGGCAUCACUUCACGGAAGACAUACAAGUGAUAUAGACAGACAGAAGUUACUAGCUACCAGGCGUGUACAGAUCCGACAGCAACGUCUACUACAGCAUGAGCUUUACAAGAAACCCAGGGAGACUUCAGGCAAGCCUAAUGCUGGUGACAUAUCCGGCUGGCAGAUGGUGUACCUGUCAGAGGUGAUGCUGCGCCAUAGUGAGGAGAGAGAACAACUUCUACAGUUUCUCCAGGACCCAGAACUUGAGGACCUAACAGAAGCUGCCUCCGGGAUCUCUGAUGAGGAAAAGAAGACCAGGCUGGCUGAGCUACACAGCAAACGUCGAAAGCUCAACCUGGAGGAUCCAGGUGACCAAGAGGAGCAUACUUGUAUCCUGGAGGAAGCAGUAGCCAUACGGGCAGUGUGUAAAAAAUCAGAAAUGGAGCAGUCGUCAAGGAAACCGGUAUCUAUGGAGGAAGUCACCAUAACAUUGUUGACAGAACUCCAAGAGGAACAGGACCGAGAACUGGCCACACUGUUGGGCAUGAUAGGGAGGCUGGAAGAAGUUGACUUAAGAAAACAGCAUGAGAAUGAGGAGAAGCAGAGACGGCUAAAAUCCAUUGGAAAUGUGUUUGUCAUCUUGACACAAAGUGAGGGGAAGGCACACGAAACAGAACUUGUCAAGGCUCUGGAGGCCAAAUACAACCAGCUUCAAGAAUGUGUCCUGUUGGAGUGUUUGGUCCACAGGUCUGGGAAGGCCAACUGGGACAAAAUGUCGGACAAGGAAAAACAACAGAAACAACUCGCUCUUAGGCAGGAAGUCAACAGCUACAGAGCAACAGGUAACACUGUUGGAUUAUGGGAAUCUCUGGGAAACAUUUCCUCAAGGGAGACAAUCCUGGCUCUCAUGGGAAUGAUGAGACAUGAGUUUGUCGUUGCCGUACAAGACCUUGAAGAUCCAGAUGUUGGCCUGGUGACUGAGAAAGAUUCUGAAGAAGAGAAAUGCAACCCUCUGAUUGACAUUUGGCAAAGAUUUGAGGAUGAGAAGAGCAAUGUGUUACAGGCUUUAAAAGGACUAAAAGAGGAGUAUAUGGAGGAGAGGGAUCAGGAACUACAUCUAGUGAGGCUCCACAGGGAAUACCUUCUUGGUUGCCGUGACAUCAACUUCUCUUUUGCGGCCAUCUUGGUAGGCCUGGCUGAGAGACAGAAUCCUCAUGGGAAACCACGGCUGGCUGGAGACAGAGGCCGUUAUAGUAGACUAGCCAAAACACAGAUGGAGGCUUUGUCUUCUGGUCAAAAAAAAUCACCAGAACAGAAAGAUGAAAUCAACAAAAGCACUGUGAAGGUGUCUCAGAUGGGCAAUGUGGUACAGAUGCUGGAAAGGAAACACAGAGAUGAACAUGGUAUGUUUCACCGUCUGUUAUUGGAGAAUGCUAACCGAGAACUUCUGGAUGAAGUGAUUGUCUUAUCUCAGCAGCAACGCAAGGAGAGACUGGCCCAGCUGUUGGCUAAGAGGGAAGCUACACCCCUGGAUCAACAGAAGGAGCACUGGUGUCUAUUUAUGGAAGCUGUGGUGGUCAAGCGGGAGCUUUGCCGUGAGCGAUUAACCGGUGACCAGAAGGAGGAGGUGACUGAUGAGGUCAUCAACCAAGCACUGUUUUCAGACCUUCUGUCUAGACAGAAUGGAGAAUCAGAGGAAAUGUUCCAACGGAUGACUGAAAUGACUUGGGAGGAACUAAAUACAUUACAGUCAGAUGUUAUGCAGUCCCGAAAGGUCAAUGCUGCAGAAAAUGUUGCAGUUGUGGUUUUCUCCCCUGAGUCAACAGAUGGCAGCACUGACACAGAGCUGAUUGAGGCUCUAGAUGGGAAGUUUGAUGCCCUGAGGGACAAACUUUUAGCUGAAGCUCUCAUGAAACAGCUUGGGGAGGCUGAGUGGAAGUUAUUGUCAGAGAAAGAGAGACAAAAGAAACUUAUGGAACUCAAACUCAAGGAAAGACAACUCCGGCGAGAUGGCAAAUUUGAUGAAUUAGCCAGAUUACUGGGUGAUGCAUUUGAAGACCAAGAACUGCUAAAGAAGUUAAUGGGAGAUACAAAGGAGGAGCAGGAGAGGAAGAUGAGAGAGAGAUUGGAGAAGAGGAGACAGAGGAAAGCUCAAGGUCUGUCUGAUGAGGAAUGUGACCGCCUAGAACAACAGGAUAUAGAGAAAGAGGAAAUAGAGGAAAGGAAAAGACGACGAAAUAUCCUGGGGGACCUACAGCACGCCUAUGAACAUGAGAAGGAUGAAUUACUGAGACGGCUUCGAGAGGGAGAAGAUAAAAUAUCUCAGGAAAGAGAGCGCCAGUUACAACUGAUGAGACUGAAGCGUGACGAGCGCAGGGCUCGUCAAGAGGACAAGUUUGACUCGGCUGCCCUGGUCAUUGGGAUGGCCAAGGAGAGGGAAGACAAGAUGCAGAAAGAUAUGGAGGAGGAAAGAAAGCGACAGAUGAGACUAGCGAGAGAGAGGCUUGAGGCAGCUCGACGUAGGAAGGCAGCUGGACAGACAAAGGAUGACGAUACAGAACCUGAGAUUAAUAUUGACACGGAGGACAAGAUCUUGUUACGGGAGGCAGUGACUAUGGCGGUGGAUAAACGCCACCAGAAGGAGAGACAACUCCUCAUCCAGGUCCUGGAUGAGACUUCAGACAGUUCACUGAGGGAGAAGAUACACAAUAUGUCUGAGGAACAAAGGAAAGAUAAACUCGCCGAGCUCCAGGAACUUCGGAAACUUUGGAGGGAUGGGAAAUUAAAGGAUCAAGAGGAACAACUAGAAAUAUUCCGGGAAGCAGCUUGUAUUGAAAUUGAAAACUUGAUGGAAAAGAUGAGGUCAGAAGGUCAUGACCUUACUGAAGAUGAUGUUAAAGUUCACAUUCUGUCCAAUCUUCAGCAACAACAGGACAGCGAGAGUCGUCUCCUUUUGGGAGACAUUCAAAAUAAGGAUCCAAAGACUUUACAACAAAUUGUCCAAGUACAGAGGAUGCUACAGAAAGAGGGUUGGAAUGACAAUGUAGCUUUUGUGCUACUGGGUAAAUCUCAGAAAGAGGCUGAAGACCAGACUGAGGCUGAUGAAGAUCCAGAUAAGCAGUUGGUAGAUGCCCUGGAGCAGAAGUAUGAUGCACUGAGAGAAAAACUUCUUGAGGCUGCCUUGAUCAAGGAGAUUGGUGAGGGUGAAUGGAACAAGCUGAGUGACAAAGACAAACAGAAGAAACUGGUAGAACUGAAGCUGAAAGAAAGAAAACUACGAGAAGAUGGCAAUCUGUCGGAGGCUAACCAUCUGUAUGGCGAUCUUACAGAAAACAACGAGCUUCUGGAUGCACUUCUUGUGGAAGAUGACAGGGAUGAAGAUCAGAAGAAGAAAGACAUGAUGGAAAGAAAAGAAGAGUUGAGAAAGGAAAGAGAGGAACAGGGGCUGUCAACUGACGAUGACACACUAGAUCAGAUUGUAGAAGAAGAAGAAGAGGAAAAGACAAAGCAGCGAAGAAGGAAUGUCCUAGAAAACCUGCAGACAAUGUUUGAUGACGAGAAGGAUGCCUUGAUGAGGUCACUACAAAAUCAGAAAGAUAGAAUUGCCCAAGAGAGAGAGCGACAACUGGCUGUGGCUAAGUUACGCCGCGACAAGAACCGUAUGAAACAGGAGGAGAAACUGGACUCUGUGGCAUUGAUUUUCUCCAUGGCACACGAGGCCGAGGAAAAACAGAAACAAAAUAUUGAGGCAGACAGACAGAGGAUGAGAGCACUGGCAAAGGAGAGAUUGGAGGCGAGGAAGAGGAAGAAGUUGGAUAAGAAGGACAAAGAGAACUUAGAGGAUAGAUUAAAGGCUGAUGAUGAGGCAGCUGGAAUACAGGAGCUGACACAAGAUGCCAAGGACCAGAAUGUGGUUGCAGGUUUAUCAAAGAGAACAGAUGGUAGUGCUACACAAGGUGCUAUCUUAGAUUUUAUGGACAUGAGACAAAGUGAGGAGAGAGACUUACUGAUGGAGCUAUUUACAUCGGCCAAGGGUGAUACUAAAGCAUGCCAGCAGGCCUCUUCCAUGUCUCCAGAGGAUUUGAAAAUGGAUCUUUCGAAACUGGAACAGGAACGAAGCAAAUGGCGAGAGAAAUCUCAGCAGGUUGCUCUGGGAUUCGACGAGACUAUAGUAAACAAGACUGUUUGGGACAAAUACUACAAACAAGUGGCUGAGAGUCGGCGGGAGCAGACACGUAUCCUCACACAAGCGAUGGUACAGAGGCUGGAAUUGGAGGAACGUAACCUGAAUGUAAACAGACCAGACAUGACUGCUGCAGAAAUCAGAGAGGAACUCAGUGUGUCCAUAUUGGCCGAUCUGCAGGAGAAACAGGCUACAGAGAGCAAGGCCAUUCAAUCACUCAUGCAGAAACAGGAUGCUGAUGGCCUUCAACGCUUAAAGAGAGUUCAGCGGACAUCCCGACGGGAGGGUUGGUACGACAGUUUAACAGCCACAUUGUUCCAGAUGUCCGGAUCAGACGGCGAUGAAGCAGCUCUUGCCACAUUUGACAAGAUGAAAGCUGAAAUGGAGCAAGAGCUUGAGAAGGAGAAGGAGGCCUUCAUUGAAAAUGCCAAGAAGAAGGGCAGUGACAUUGAUAUAGAUGCUGCCUUAAAGGAACUAGAACGGCAACAGGAAGCCAAGAGAAAGGCAAUGAGUCAGUCCUUCAGCCAACAACAGAAGUCUCUGAGGGACAAGAUUGCUGCCAGGAAGCUCCAGGCCAUGAACAAGGAGGGAGAGGAAAUUGCUGCUGCCCAAUUGAUUCUCCUGGCCCAGGACCAACACAAGGCUGAGACCGAGAGGAUCAAGUCGGCUAAGGGCAAACAAAGCAACCUGCUUCAGGAGAGGCUGGAGGCUAGACGUCUGGAAAGAAAGAGAAAAGCAGAGGAGGCCAGAGAAGAAGAGCGACCCCCAUCUACACCAUCCAGUAAUGCCUCCUCACGACCUACCACGGUCGACUCCAAAGUCAAAACACUUCCAUUCCGGAUGACGAGGGAGAAAACAGUAGUAGAUGUUAACAUUACACCUGAAGAAACGGAAGCUGUUGUCUCCAAACUUGUCCGGGAGCAGACCAGUCUACACAAAAAGAUCACAGACACUCAGAAACAGCAGGAGGAAAUGCUCCAAAGACGUCUUGAACUCAGGAAAGGGAAACGGAAAGAAGAAGCUCAGCAGUUGUUUGAAAUUGGUGAAAGAAAUAAAUCAACAUACCAAAAGAGUAAAGAGGAUGAGAAAAGUCGUCAGAUGGAACUGUUGAAGCAGAGGGUACAGGCCCGUAGGGACAGAUCUCGCAGCCCCAAUCCCAUAGCAGAGUCACCGGAUGAAUGAAUUCCAUGGAAUGAUGUGGGAGAAGUAUUUCUCAAUACCUCGGCUUCUAGGGACAAAUAAAAGAAAACGAAAUAGACCACCAGAUGUGAUCGUGACAAGGAUACCCGAACCACUUGAGGAAAGCCAGACAAACAAUAUUGCCACAUCACAAGUAUCUAGAAGCCUUUUUAUUAAUGGAAAACUUGGCGUCAUCUUAAUUAAAUGUAUCAGUGUAUUCUAUUGACAUGCUCUUCAUUAGCUCUAAUGGAAAGCUUCAUGUUUGGAAGGCAUGGAUAAAUAAUGUCGGACAUUGACUCUCACUUACAAUUAUAUCGUUAAUGAAAAGGCACAAAAUUCCAUAUUGAUCUUUUUGAGGUGUACUGUUUUGUAAAUCAGAAUUUUCUGGAAUGCAUUCUGAAUGUUAUUACAUGUAAUAGAAUUGCAUAGAAUCAAUACAGUGGCGUUUUUAUAUUACAUAUUGAGGACCAAUGCUUUUUCCCUGGUCAUUAAUUAUCGGUUAGUGCCUUUUUGUAAUUUACACCUUAAAUGAAUAAGACAUUCAGUCUUUUAAUUUUUUAGAUAUUUUCAUUAUAAAGUGAAGGUGUGAUAUUUGUUAUUCACUGCAAUGUGUAUCACAUUAUAAUUCAGGCUCAAAGUAAUCAGAUUUUUUCAAUUAACUAAUGUACUGGAAGUUAAUUUAAAACAUUUCAUUUGGAAAAAAAAAAAGAAAAUCAUUAUUUGCUCAAUGUAACGAAGUAGAAAUGAUUAAUUGAUAAAGUAAAUUGAUGUUUUAUUUAGUAGUGUUACCCAUGGAAAGUCCAUGUUAAACCAAUUAAUGGAAAUGAAUAUUGUUGAGUUACAAAACUCGGCCACUUGUAACGGUUAUGUAAUGGUUCAUUCUAUAUUGAUAUGUGGUGUAGUUAUUGAAAUAAUUAUAAUUAACUGGCAGGUUAUUUUUAUGUUUGUCAAUAAAACAUCAUUAAUUUUUAAUGUAAGGGAAUGUUCAUCGUAGCGGAAAACUCUAGUAAUUUAUUCAUUAGAUGAAUCUCAUAUGCGAAGUUUUGUGAAUGGAGUUUGCUUUACAUCCAUUUCAAUUACAUUAUGUCAAUAUGAUGUUGAUCAUAGAUGAAUGUUUGCACUUUAAUGGAUUGUCAUACCAUUGAUCAGCCGCUGUAACACUAUCUCGUGUUCACUGAUUUCAUUCCGGUAAAAAUACCAUAAUGUUUGCAGUAAAAUCUGGAAUUAUCAUAGCAUGUUACAUGAAUCUUGAUUAAGCAUUUAUCUAUUGCUGAAUUUCAAUGAUAUUUUGCAGUUUUUCUAAUUUGCUACUUUGCAAUUAUUGUGAAAAGUCCUGAAAUGUGAUUACAGUUAAUUAUUUACUUCGACAUUAUGCUAUUGGUGAGUUUAAGCCUCAGUGAAAAUGUACCCUGGGAUAGGUAUACUGUAUAUCUGAAAUGGUUCUACCUUCAUACAGUUGUAGGAAUCAGGUAACUUUUCCUGGUACCUAGCGCACCUGAGGUUUUUGAUUAGUGUUGAUCAAUAUAUUGUAUCUGUUACAUGUAGCUUACUGUAUAAUACAUACAUUUUGUACAUGUACAGUAUAUAAAUUGUCUUGUUAUUUUGCCUGCUGGUCAGGAUACUUAUAGACUUAUUUACAUAUUUUAUUACCAGUUCACAGUGUGAUUUGUUAAAAAUGUUACUUACAGGUAAGUAAUGUUAUUAUGUAUGAAUGAAUAAUUAACUAUUUAAUAGGUAUGGCUUUAGACAGUCCUUAAUCCACUAGAUUUGGAGACCUUUCAUGUCCUAGGUACGUUUUGACCCGGAGUAAUGAAGGGAUAGAUUUUACAUUUCUUACCUUAUUCAGAGCAGGGACGUUUCAUUAUAGGUCCCUGUUCAGAAAUAACGACGAGCUAAAUUAAUGUACAUAAUUUAUAAUUAUUGCAUCACUUGUCACCCAUACUGAUAACUUGUAUCUUGUGGCAAGAUUUUUAGGAAGUGAGCUAGGCCUAUUAAUGAAAUGAUUUCCUUGUCACAUGCACGCUACAAGAGUUAUAUUGAUGUUGAACUAUUGAUUACGUGAGUUGUGAACACAUAAUGUCGUUGCCCCGCAAUCAAACCUCUGUGAUAAGAACUGUAAUUAAGUAGAUUGGACAUCCCACGUGCACGUUUGCUUACAGAAUGGCUAACUACAGCAAAGCCAAGUGUUUAACCGAUUCAGAGUCCAUAUUGUUUUUCGUCAGGUUCUGUGACGUAAAUUUUCAAAUGUCUUGGUAAAACAUAACCUAUGCAAAGAUUGAUUCUGACAUUCCGUCCAGAUCUAUUUAAUCCGUCCAUAUACAUCAAAACUUCAUGGAUUACAAGAGAGACAUAUUUUAGCAAGUAUGAAAGCCUGACUUCUAGUUUCGUUGUAAUUUAGAACCCUUUCUGUUGUCACACGAACUACAGUCAGGUGAUUAGAUUUACAUAUUUACUCUUGUUCAAGAACUCUAUAUAUUUUAUAUUUAAAUGUUAACACUAUUGUUGAAAUAAAUUCAUAUUAAUCACAAAAUUU